AAUUCUUCCUCUGUGUUGUUUCUCUCGAAGCUGCACAUCGCAAAUAUGGGUGCUAUUCCGGAAGCCGACCCCGAUGAGGUCCUCGAGACCAAGCCCUUCAAGUUCGUGACUGCUGGCUACGAUGCCCGUUUCCCCCAGCAGAACCAGACCAAGCACUGCUGGCAGAACUAUGUCGACUACUACAAGUGCACCACUGCCAAGGGCGAGGACUUCCGCCCCUGCAAGCAGUUCUACCACGCCUUCCGCUCUCUUUGCCCCAAGGCCUGGACCGAUCGUUGGGACGGUCAGCGCGAGGCUGGCAACUUCCCUGUCCACCUUGACAAGUAGAUAAUCAACAGCUGUUUUUGGUUGGUCAAGUGAGCCGUGUCAAAUUUUUUAUGUAUCGAC